AUGGCUGCCGUCGUCCCGCAACAGCCGUUGACCUUCACCGAUGUCUUCGAAGACGAGGAUGACGUGAAGGAGGCGCCCACCGUCCACCACAUCCGUGCCAACUCGAGCAUCAUGCAAUUGAAGAAGAUCCUCGUUGCCAACCGUGGUGAAAUUCCCAUUCGAAUUUUCCGAACUGCUCACGAGCUCUCGCUGCACACCGUCGCCGUCUUCAGUUAUGAGGACCGUCUCAGCAUGCACAGGCAGAAGGCCGACGAGGCCUACGUCAUUGGCAAGCGCGGCCAAUACACCCCCGUCGGAGCCUAUCUUGCCGGUGACGAGAUUAUCAAGAUUGCCGUCGAACACGGCGUUCAGAUGAUCCACCCUGGCUACGGUUUCCUGUCCGAGAAUGCUGAGUUCGCACGCAACGUCGAGAAGGCCGGUCUCAUUUUCGUCGGCCCCUCGCCCGAUGUCAUCGACUCGCUCGGCGACAAGGUCUCGGCCCGCAAGCUCGCCAUUGCGGCCGGUGUGCCCGUCGUCCCUGGUACCGAGGGCGCCGUCGCCACCUUUGAGGAGGUCAAGUCCUUCACCGACCAGUAUGGCUUCCCCAUCAUCAUCAAGGCUGCCUACGGUGGCGGCGGUCGCGGCAUGCGUGUCGUCCGCGAGCCCGAGUCCCUGCAGGAGCACUUUGAGCGUGCCACGUCCGAGGCCAAGUCGGCCUUUGGCAAUGGCACCGUCUUUGUCGAGCGCUUCCUCGACAGGCCCAAGCACAUUGAGGUCCAGCUCCUCGGUGACAACCACGGCAACAUUGUCCACCUGUACGAGCGUGACUGCUCCGUCCAGCGCCGUCACCAAAAGGUCGUCGAGAUUGCCCCCGCCAAGGACCUGCCUCAGGAGACCAGGGACGCCAUCCUGGCGGACGCCGUCAAGCUCGCCAAGUCUGUCAACUACCGCAACGCGGGUACGGCCGAGUUCCUCGUCGACCAGCAGAACCGUUACUACUUCAUCGAGAUCAACCCCCGUAUCCAGGUCGAGCACACCAUCACCGAGGAGAUCACGGGCAUCGACAUUGUCGCUGCGCAGAUUCAGAUCGCCGCAGGCGCCACCCUAUCCCAGCUCGGCUUGACGCAGGACCACAUCUCGACCCGAGGGUACGCGAUCCAAUGCCGAAUUACCACCGAAGAUCCCGCCAAGGGCUUCCAGCCCGACACGGGCAAGAUCGAGGUCUACCGCUCUGCCGGUGGUAACGGUGUCCGUCUCGACGGUGGCAACGGUUUCGCCGGCGCCGUCAUCACCCCCUACUACGACUCCAUGCUGGUCAAGUGCACAUGCCACGGCUCGACAUACGAGAUUGCUCGCAGAAAGGUCCUCCGUGCCCUGAUCGAGUUCAGGAUCAGGGGCCUCAAGACCAACAUCCCCUUCCUCGCCUCUCUUCUGACUCACCCCACCUUUAUCGAUGGAACUUGCUGGACGACUUUCAUUGACGAUACCCCCUCGCUGUUUGACCUCGUCGGCAGCCAGAACCGUGCCCAGAAGCUCCUGGCGUACCUUGGCGAUGUUGCCGUCAACGGCAGCAGCAUCAAGGGGCAGAUUGGCGAGCCCAAGCUCAAGAGCGAGAUCAUCAUGCCUGACAUCAUUGCCUCCAACGGCCAGAAGAUCGAUGUCAGCGAGCCAUGCCAGAAGGGCUGGCGCAACAUCAUCGUCGAGCAGGGCCCCAAGGCCUUCGCCAAGGCUGUCCGCGACUACAAGGGAUGCCUUCUGAUGGAUACCACAUGGCGUGAUGCCCAUCAAUCGCUCCUGGCGACGCGUGUGCGCACAGUUGACCUCCUCAACAUUGCCAAGGAGACGAGCCACGCUCUCUCCAACCUCUACAGUCUGGAGUGCUGGGGUGGCGCUACCUUUGACGUGGCCAUGCGCUUCCUUUACGAGGACCCUUGGGAUCGUCUGCGUAAGAUGCGGAAGCUCAUCCCCAACAUUCCGUUCCAGAUGCUCCUCCGUGGUGCCAACGGUGUUGCCUAUUCCUCUCUACCCGACAACGCCAUUGAGCACUUUGUCGAGCAGGCGAAGAAGAACGGUGUCGACAUCUUCCGUGUCUUCGACGCCCUGAACGAUAUCAACCAGCUUGAGGUUGGUAUCAAUGCUGUCCACAAGGCCGGCGGUGUUGUUGAGGGUACCGUCUGCAUCUCAGGUGACAUGUUGAACCCCCAGAAGAAGUACAACCUGGAAUACUACCUGGAUCUCGUUGACAAGCUUGUCGCGCUUGACAUCCACGUGCUGGGCAUCAAGGACAUGGCAGGUGUUCUCAAACCCCAUGCGGCCACCCUCCUCAUCGGUUCUAUCCGCAAGAACCACCCCGAUCUCCCGAUCCACGUACACACCCACGACUCGGCCGGUACUGGUGUCGCAUCCAUGGUUGCCUGCGCGCACGCGGGCGCGGAUGCUGUCGACGCCGCAACCGACAGCCUGUCGGGCAUGACCUCCCAGCCCAGCAUCAACGCCAUCCUCGCGUCUCUCGAGGGCUCCGACUUCCAGUCUGGUCUGGACCCCCGCCAGGUCCGCUGCCUGGACACUUACUGGUCCCAGCUCCGCCUUCUCUACUCUCCCUUCGAGGCCCACCUGUCGGGCCCCGAUCCCGAGGUGUACGAGCACGAGAUUCCUGGUGGCCAGCUGACCAACAUGAUGUUCCAGGCCGCGCAGCUUGGACUUGGCUCGCAGUGGCUCGAGACCAAGAAGGCCUACGAGCAGGCCAACGACCUCCUGGGCGACGUUGUCAAGGUCACCCCCACCUCCAAGGUUGUCGGUGAUCUUGCUCAGUUCAUGGUCUCCAACAAGCUCUCCCCAGAGGAUGUCAAGGCUCGCGCCGGAGAGCUCGACUUCCCCGGCUCGGUCCUCGAUUUCUUUGAGGGUUUGAUGGGCCAGCCCUAUGGCGGCUUCCCCGAGCCGCUGCGUACCGACGCUCUGCGUGGCCGACGCAAGCUCGACAAGCGUCCUGGUCUCUUCCUCGAGCCGGUCGACUUUGCCAAGGUCAAGAAGGAGCUCGGCAAGAAGACGGGCGGACCGGUGACCGAGUGCGACAUUGCGUCGUACGUCAUGUACCCCAAGGUGUUUGAGGACUUCCGCCAGUUCCAGCAGACCUAUGGCGACCUGUCCGUCCUGCCGACACGGUUCUUCCUCUCCAAGCCCGAGAUUGGCGAGGAGUUCAACGUCGAGCUGGAGAAGGGCAAGGUGCUCAUCCUCAAGUUGCUGGCCGUCGGGCCCCUCAGCGAAAACACGGGCCUGCGCGAGGUCUUUUUCGAGAUGAACGGCGAGGUGCGCCAGGUGACCGUCGUCGACAAGAAGGCGGCCGUGGAGAACGUCAGCCGCCCCAAGGCCGACCCCAGCGACUCGAGCCAGGUCGGCGCCCCCAUGUCGGGUGUCCUCGUCGAGCUCCGCGUCCACGAGGGCUCGGAUGUGAAGAAGGGCGACCCACUCGCCGUGCUGUCGGCGAUGAAGAUGGAAAUGGUGAUCUCUGCUCCCCACAGCGGCAAGGUUGCCAGCUUGCAGGUCAGGGAGGGCGACAGCGUCGACGGCUCCGAUCUGGUGUGCCGGAUUACCAAGAGUUAA